GUCGAGUAAAACAGCAGGAGCAGUUUCAGAAUAAUCUGAUGGAAGUAUCUCCAUCCACCAAAUUGAUAUAGGGAAUUCUAGGAUAUGCCAGCCCAAAAGAGACUUAUGAGAAAGGAAAGUUUAUUGUCAAAAAUUCACCACCCCGAGGAUAGAUGCAGGAAGGGUGUAAAGCCUAUCUCUUGGAUGAUUCAGCUGCUUCACUGUUGAUGAGGUGUCAUACAUGCAGUAAAGGUGUGCUGGACUUUUUCCCUGAGCUUCCACCUUGCGUGGUAAACAUGCAGGUGUGUGUUGGGGAUUGUUAAUUCGCAUUUUCCCUCUGAAAUAUGUUAGGGACUGCCGGCCCAAUAGCCCAUGGUGCAGCCCAACUAUCUGAUGUCUUGUGCUACAAAGGAGCAAGGAAACAUAGCAGCAGGGAAUUAUUCAGAGAACAGACUCUUGGUUAUUAUGCUUCUUCUUCCUUAGCGUCUUCCUCUUGUACCCAGAUCCACAUUUCCUGUGCUUCUAGAUUCUUCUAGUGUCUUUCUCUAGUAUCUGAUCACCUGCUUGCUGUCUAUCCUAUAUUCUGUCUCAAAUCAUAGUUUGUGUUGGAGUGAAUUGAGUGUGAGUUCGUCCUCGAGAUUGAGUGCUGUUAACAAUUGGUAUCAGAGGAGUCGAUUCUCGGUUAGCUCCAAUGGAUCCCGCUGCCCUCAAGUUCCUCCUCGACGAGAUCAACAGAAGGUUCGACGAGGCAGAUGCCCGUGUCAACCGGCUCUUCGACAAGCUGCAGCAGCCCGCCCACCUUCUGGGGUCAUUGCCCUCCGCGUCAUUCGAUCUCCCAGCCACCCCGCUCAGCGUCGACCACUUCUCCGACGCAUCCGCCAGCGUGCCGGCCACCCCCGCUGCGGCUGUUGAGGCCGUCGUCAUUGUCGACAACUGGGGCGGGUGCUUCGAUGACAGAGAGCAGUACUGUACGGCGCCAUCCGUCGUCGCCGACAACUGGGGAGGGUUCUUCGGUGGCGAGGAUCUCGAUCUGCCAGGAAGCACUUCCUUCCCCUGCAACAGCGAAUCGGGCGCCGUCCCUACCAAGGCGCUCGUCACCUCCACCGACCCCGACGCGCCGCUUGGCUCGGGCGCCGACAGCAUCCCCACCCAUGUCGGCGAAGGGGCCCUCGAGCCAGGCCAUGGCGAUGUGGCCGUAGGCGGUCUCGUUGAGUUGGGCGCAGUCCCAGUUCCGGUGGAGGCCACAACCCGACGCCGAACCCCGACGCUCAGCUUCGCUGGGAACUACUCGCAACACGCCCUCACCAUCUGGAGGCCCUCCUUCAUGCAGCAGAUCCGCUUCGACGCCCACACCCCGCUCCGGGAGGCCUGGGAGAUCGACGCGCACAUGCAGUCCGCGGUCAGGGGCCCGGGCGCCUUCAAUGUCUACGGCCGAGCAGGCGAGCACCCUGCUCCCUGGACGGAUCCACCAGGACCUCUCGAUCGAGCUCCAGCAGUAGGCACCUUCCAGAUCGAGCUCCAGCAGCAGGCGCAGGUGCGCAGCGAUCAAUCAGCGAGCAGGACGAGCGGCAGGGGAGAAGCACUCGAGUCGAGAGCAGAUCAGGAUGUUUGUGAAGAUCGACCGCACGACGCCCAGACUUCCGCUGUCGAGGAGGCCAUGGCCGCGGGCGCGGGAGACCCCGGGCAGCUCGACCAACUCUUGCUGCUCGACCCCUACGCCGAGGACGACAUCACCAACUACUGCGUCGAGUUCCAUAAUGCUGUCGUCACUACCAUCUACUCCUCCAUCAUCAUCAAGCCGGAGACGGGCAGCAGUAGCAGCUCUUCCUUCGCGUGUUCGACCAAUUGUCCCAGCCAGGCACUGCACAACAUUGGUAAGCCCAGUCUGGUAGCCGUGGUGACUAUUGCAGGCACACCUUCAUCUACUUUGAUUGAUGCUCAAGUGGUGCUCGGUGAAAUGCAACCAAGGGAACAUAGCACUUUGAUGACAGCCACCAUUGAGUUGCGCUUCAUUUUAUGGUAUUUUUUCAUUCUGGACCUGGUUGCUUUACAACAAAGUCCACCAUGGCCACAACCCGUUAAAUCACUGGUAGUAGUCGGAUACAUCCUGCCAAAGCCUCCUUGGUUAGCAUUUGAUCGAGGCAAUUUGUUCAGAAUUCAUUACACCUGCAGUACUAGAAGUGCUUCCUUACAGUAUACAUUGCAAUUGUCACCUGAUGCUGGGAAUAUUCAGAAUCAAUGUUUGGAUUUGUGUUUAGUAAAUUUAAUCACUGGGUCAGCACUGAACGUCAGGGUUCAGCAGCUGCUUGUUUCUGUUGGCUCCCCUAGCAAUGCUCUUGUGCUCAAGAUUCCAAUUCAGGGUGUUGUGGAUGCACUUCAUAGGAAAACACUCCAGGGCACAGGUCUGAAUGAAGAGCAAAUGAGACAGGCUAGCGUCGCAGACAAUGGUCAUCGUCAGCUAAACAAGAUACUUGUUGACUUGGAUCAAGAUAACAUUACUGCUAAGAAUUAUGCAAUUGCAUUUUACACAGAGAAGCACAUUCAGAUUCCAUGCUUGGGCGGUGAACACGAAGUUACUUUCUUCCAUGAGUAUAGAGAUUCAGUUGAACGGGUGUUUGUUGAUCAUCCCUCGUAUCACAGACCUGGAAAUUUAUAUGGAGCUAAAGUUGUUCUUCUUGGGUUCCAACAUUAUGCGGUCAUGCUUGGUACAACUGUGAUCAUACCAACUGCACUUGUUCCACAAAUGGGAGGAAAAUAUGAGGACAAAGUUGUGGUUAUCCAGACAUUGAUGUUCGUUGUAGGUAUGAACACCCUACGUCAGAGUUUCUUGGGUACCAGGUUGCCUGCAGUGACUGGCGGGUCAUACACUUUUGUUCUGUAUACCAUUUCUAUCAUCCUUGGUGGACGUUCUGCUAAUGAACCUAGUUCACACAUUAAAUUUCUGGGCAUCAUGCGUGGGACACAUGGUGCGUUGAUUGUGGCUUCAGCUUUACAGAUUAUAGUUGCCUUCAGUGGCCUUUGGUGUAAUGUUGCCAGGUAUCUGAGUUCACUUUCAGCUACUCCUUUGGUGGCACUAGUUGUAUUUGGACUGUAUGAGUUAGAAAUUCCAAGAGCAGGGAAAAUAAAGGCUUUGUCCGUUGAUGCAGUAAUAGUGUUUGGAUCACAAAGGAUUCCUCAGGUCAUUCAUUCAGUUAUGUGGAUCAUGUUCAUCCUUUUUAGAGUCAUCUGGUGCUUGCAAUUUUCCUGGGAUCCUGGUGGAAGUAAUUGGUGGAAGUAAUGUUACACAUCGGCUUGAGGGCAAGCCGCAUUUUAAGAAAGGGGGAAUGUUAGGGACUGCCGGCCCAAUAGCCCAUGGUGCAGCCCAACUAUCUGAUGUCUUGUGCUACAAAGGAGCAAGGAAACAUAGCAGCAGGGAAUUAUUCAGAGAACAGACUCUUGGUUAUUAUGCUUCUUCUUCCUUAGCGUCUUCCUCUUGUACCCAGAUCCACAUUUCCUGUGCUUCUAGAUUCUUCUAGUGUCUUUCUCUAGUAUCUGAUCACCUGCUUGCUGUCUAUCCUAUAUUCUGUCUCAAAUCAUAGUUUGUGUUGGAGUGAAUUGAGUGUGAGUUCGUCCUCGAGAUUGAGUGCUGUUAACAAAAUAGCCCCAGCCCGACCUCCAUUAAGCCAACUCUUGUUAUGCUAGUUUGGAGCCCAAACUGAAUUGCUUGUGCUCUCGACGAUUUCCUGGUUUCCCCACUGUGCCUCCCUCGUGCAGCAGCAGUAGCGCUCGGCUCAGCUCCCUUCCUUUAUCACACAAAGCCCCACUUUGUCGUGCCUCCACCCUGCUUGGCUUUCCCCAUCGUACGUGGCUGCUGAGCACCUCGCCGAGGCUACAGCAGCGCUCAGCACAGCUCCGGCCCGCCGGCGGUUUUCUCUACUCGACCUCCCUCAUCGCUGCAUCUGGACAUACGCUGCUGCUCGCCGCGCUCCCUGGUGUGCGAGCUUGCCGGCACCCAGUCCUCCUCUCCACGUCAGAGUCCUUACCUCACCAUCAAGACAUCGUCGUCGCGCCGUCAGCUCCCAGAAAAGGAAGUUGAAAUUCAAGAAGUGGUUCCUGAAGAGGAGUCUGCUCCAGUGUUGUAGAUCCAGUGGUGGAGUCCCAUCUAACUGUAGAAAGGUUUUGGAUCUUUUCUGCAACAAGGAGAAGUUUUAUUCCCUUAUCUUUGGGUUAGUUACUUCAUGUGGAGGACUUGAAGCUUAGAAGGUUUUUUUUAUAUAUCUCUUAUGGAAAGGCUUCACCCUUCCAAUUAUUGUAGUUAAGUUAUGCCUUCAAGUACUAUCAGAACUUGUAAUAAAUACAUCUCUUUCUACCAUGUAAAACUUGAGUUCUGGAAUGUAAAGUGUACUUUGUAAAAGUCUUCCGCUCUAUCUCCAAUGUGUGUGUAUCAAA